AUGGCCGGGGUGAAGGCGGAGAGGCAGAAGCAGAAGCAGAGGCUGAGGCUGAGGGCGGGGGAAGAUAUACAGUUCCACCAGCAGCAGCAGCAGCAGCAGGAAUCCCCCACCAUGGUUUCGAAAUACAAACCGACCCGCGACCGAAAGCAACGGCACAGAAAACCAAAGCCGAACACCACUUUCGAUGAUGCAGACGCCGCCCCACAAGACCCCAAUGCCGCCCUCCUCAUCCCCGAGUCCAAAAGCGCCAAAGAGCUCCGCCGCGCCGAGCUGCGCGCGGAGCUACAAUCCCAGCAGCAGCAGCCAAAAAUGAGCAGCAAGAAGGCCAAGCGUCUUGCAAAAUACAUUGAGAACAAGCUGCGCAAGGAGGAGCGUGUGGAUCUGAUCCAGAAGCUGGCGGACCAGCCGCACAAGGUCGACACGAGCCUACUACGGAGCACAAAGACGAUGGGCACUGCACGCGAAAGCAAGCGGGAGACGAUGCGGCGAGCGCUGCUGGAGGAGAAGUUCGGCAUCAAUGUGGAGGAGAAUAAGAAGAUCCUCUAUGAGGAGAGGACUAUACGCGAUGCGGACGAGCUGGAGGUGGAGGUGCCGGAGGUACUGGUGGAGGUGCCGGAAGCCCCCGUAGAGGAGAAAGAGGAGGUCCCGGAGCUAGUGGUGAUAACGGUGGGGUCUGGGCUGAAGAGGCCGUUGGAGAUUGAUGACACGGGGCGGCCGAUAUUAAAGAAGAUUAGGAAGUCGAAGGAGGCCAAGAAGGAGCGAUUAAUGGCCUUGAUCAAGGCUAUGGAGAUCGAGGAGGAGCAGAAAGCACGGGUUGCUGCAGAAGGCGCAUCUUCGGACGAAGACGAGGAUUCAGACGAGGAAAUGGACUCUGACGAUGACGGUAGUGGCGCAGACGACUCUGAAGGAGAAGAGUCUGAGGAAGAGUGGGGUGGAAUCCAGGACACCCCCAGUGAAGGAAGUGUCGCCGCAGAGACCGAAGCCGACGCAGAGGCGGAUUCUGAUGCCAGAUCUGAAGAAGAAGAGGGCUCAGACUCAGACCCAGAGUCAGGCUCAGGUUCUGGAAGCUCUGGAGAAGAGGAGUCCGGCUCCUCCGGCGAAGCCGAGUCCGUCCCCCGCAUGAAGCGCGGCCAGUCCGACAAAGCCAACGCCUUCAAGUCAUGGGCCCUGGCUCAAGUCAAAGCCGUCGCACAAGAAAACGACCCCACCGGUGCCGACACUAGCAUGCCCGACCUCCUCAACAUGCCUCCCAGCGCCGUCCAUAUACAUAUCCCGCGGCCGCGCGAACAGGACAUGACACCGCCGCCCGAGCUCCAGGGCCCAGCCGUGGAGCGCAAGGCCUACUACAUCGCCGUUGACCGCAGCCCCGAGAUCCAGCAGGCGCGGCUCGGCCUCCCCGUGGUGGCGGAGGAGCAGCGCAUCAUGGAGGCGAUCCACAACAACUCGUGUGUGGUCAUCUGCGGUGAGACGGGAAGUGGAAAGACGACGCAGGUGCCGCAAUUCCUCUAUGAGGCCGGGUAUGGCUCGCCCGGGAGUGAGACGCCGGGGCUGAUUGGCGUCACGCAGCCAAGGAGGGUUGCGGCGGUGUCGAUGGCGAGCCGUGUGGGCACGGAGUUGGGCACGGGGGGGAAGGAUAAGGUUGCGUACCAGAUCCGGUUUGAGGGCACGGUGGGCAAAGAUACGGCCAUCAAGUUCAUGACGGACGGUGUGCUGCUGAGAGAGCUUGCGGACGACUUUCUGCUGAGAAAGUACUCGGCGGUGGUGAUCGAUGAGGCCCAUGAGAGGAGCGUCAACACCGAUAUCCUGAUCGGUGUCAUGAGCAGAGUCUUGAAGCUGAGAGAAGAGAUGAGCAAGAAAGACAAAGUCACAAAGCCUCUAAAACUCAUAAUUAUGUCCGCGACUCUCCGUGUCUCCGACUUUACAGAGAACAAGCAGCUCUUCCCCGCCCCCCCACCGCUCCUCAAAGCCGAGGCCCGUCAGCACCCCGUCACCAACCACUUCUCCCGCCGCACCCCCCACGAUUACGUCGAAGAAGCCUACAAAAAGAUCUGCAAGAUCCACCGCCGCCUCCCCCCCGGCGGCAUCCUCGUCUUCAUGACAGGCCAGAACGAGAUCACCACACUCCUCAAGCGCCUCAAGACCACCUUCCCCUUCAAAACCUCCGAAGGCGCACCCAAAAUCAAAGAAAGCGCCGCCCCCGAAGUGCGCAUCUCCGCGCGCGACGCCGCCGUCGAAGCCGAAGACGUCGAGUUCGGUGCUCGCCCAACACAAGAGGCUGGCAGCGAUGAUGAUGAUGAUGAUGACUCCAUCCUCGACGAGGACGACGACGAUCUCGGCGAUGAGAUGGCAGAAACGGACACGGAGGCGCCGCUGCACGUGCUCCCGCUGUACUCGCUGCUGCCCACGAAGGACCAGAUGAAGGUGUUUGAGCCCGCGCCCGAGGGCAGCAGGAUGUGUGUUCUUGCGACCAAUGUCGCCGAGACGUCGCUCACGAUCCCUGGGAUCAGGUAUGUGGUUGAUUGCGGGCGCAGCAAGGAGCGGAACUUUGAUAAGGUGACGGGGGUGCAGAGCUUUGAUAUUGGCUGGAUUAGCAAGGCGAGUGCGAUGCAGAGGGCGGGUAGAUCUGGGCGAACGGGGCCCGGACACUGCUAUAAGCUGUACUCCAGUGCUGUGUAUGAGAGGGACUUUGACGAGUUUGCGGAGCCGGAGAUUUUGAGGAUGCCGAUUGAGGGUAUUGUGCUGCAGAUGAAGAGUAUGAACAUCGACACGAUCACAAAUUUCCCCUUCCCAACACCCCCGGAUAGACCGAGUCUGCAGAAGGCUGAAAGGUUGCUGGGAUAUCUUGGAGCUCUAGACUCCAAAGGCGGGCUUACAGAGCUUGGCCGCACAAUGAACGUCUUCCCUCUCUCCCCGCGCUUCUCUAAGAUCCUCAUCAUCGGCCAACAGCACAGCUGUCUCCCCUACAUCAUUGCUAUCGUCGCCGCCCUCACCGUCGGCGAAGUCUUCAUCCCCGAACACCAACUCGACAUCGCCGACCCCCCAAGCGACGACGACGCCCCCCCCACAGUUGAAACCGCGCACGAACGCAACCAGCGCGCCACCCGCCGCAAGGCCUACAACCGCGCUCACCGCGCUUUCUCCGCCCUCGACCCCACCAGCGACGCCCUCAAGCUCCUCUCCGUCGUCUGCGCCUACGAGUACGAGCCCUCGCCCGCGGCCUUCUGCGAACGCAACUUUGUGCGCCUCAAGGCCAUGCAGGAGACUCGAAAACUCCGGCAACAGCUCACAAACAUCGUCCGCACAAACUGCCCGCCGGGCGUCCUCGCGCCCUUCUCGCCGCAGAUUCCGCCGCCGUCACAGCUCCAGGUCAAGGCGAUCAAGCAGAUCAUUUCCGCGGGCUUCAUCGACCAGGUGGCCAUCCGCGCGGACCUAUUCCCGAACUCGACGUACAAGCUUGGCCAGGCGUCGCUAAAGCGGGUGAUCGACGUGCCGUAUAUGACUCUGUUUGCGUCGUCGGUGGCUCACGGCUCGGAUAACAUGGCGGAGGUGGCAGCGUACGUGCACCCUGGCUCGGCGCUGGCGCAGCAGCAGAGCUAUCCAGAGUAUGUGGUGUAUAGCGAGCUGAAGAGGGGCGCGGCGAAGGUCAGGUUGAGGCCGCUGACGCCUGUCACGGGGACGCAGCUGGCGGCGCUGGCGAAAGGCACGCCGCUGCUGUCGUAUUCGAAGCCGUUGGAGAGCGUGGCACCGAAAGUGGUGGAGGGGUCCGGGGGGAAUAGCAGGGAGGUGUGGGUCAUACCCAGGAUGGGGGGCGCGGUGGGGAGGAGUGAGCUCGGAUGGCCGCUGCCGGCGAGGAAGGUCGUGCAGAGGAAGGUGGCAGGGAAGUGGGUGGUGGAGUAG